CGUGUUUAUAAACUUCCUGUGGGUAGACUUGGCUAUGCGCUUGUCGCUUUAUUUGGAAGUUUUUUUAAUUUAUUUUUUACAAAAUGCUUGUUAGGUGAGGAUUGUCUAUAGCCUACAUCAAAGCAGAGAAAUCCAGCACUUCAGAAAAAAAGACCACAGGAAGUGGUGUACAUUUCCCUGAAGGGCUCCCCAGAAGCAGUUGUUACAUUUUACUUUUUUGAUGAGCAGUUUCAUCUGCUGAUCUACAUUAGUUCCUCACAUUCCUUUUCAAGAAUGAGGUCUAGGAUAAAACGCCAUGGAGCCGUGGUAGCUAUGGUCCUCCUCAUCAGCUUUGUCUACUACUUCUCAUACCACUAUCCUGAGGUGACUCCGGACCACAUGGCUAUAGUAAAGGAGGAUUCCGUCGAUCCCACCACACAGGAGAAUGACAUCGCCACACCCAUGCACCAGCAGGACAGAGAGACCCAAAAAACGGCCUUUGUUUCGACAACUUCUGCUGCCACGAAUGUAGUGCCUCUGUUGGUCUCGGACAGCUUCAGGAAGGCAGUUGUUCAGAACACGGCCUUCUGGAACCGUAAAUUGAUGCGCUUCAUAAAGCAGCUCGACAACGGGGAUUACUCAGCAGAGAAAUCCAAACUCAGUUGGUCGAAUUGUAGAGAAACGAAUGAAGAACUGCUGAAAACAAACAUGCACGACUUCAGCACUUAUCCAGAUCUGCACAAAGACUUCUUGUACGGCAUGGACUGCAGAGAUCCAGCCAUGAUGAUCAAUCAGCCAGACAAGUGCAGUGGCGAUAAGGAGAAAGUGGACGACCUCCUAAUACUUUUCGCCAUCAAAUCCACUCCAAAGAACUUUGAGCAGAGACAGGUGGUGAGGCAGACGUGGGGGCAGGAGGGCAGGUAUGAAGGUGGGGUGAGGCUACGCAUCGUGUUCCUCCUGGGUUCCUCCGCCCGGGACGAUCCCGACCUCGGGCAGCUGAUAUCGUUUGAGGCGAAUCACUUCCGAGAUGUGCUCCAAUGGGAUUUUCAUGAGUCCUUUUUCAAUUUGACCCUCAAAGAGCAUGUGUUUUACAGGUGGGCCAUAGAACACUGUCCGGGAGUUUCCUUUGUUUUCAAAGGGGAUGAUGACGUUUUUGUCAAUAGACAAGCUAUUUUCCACUACCUGAAGUCUUUGUCGCCUGAACAGACCUCCAAGCUCUACGUGGGGCAGAUUAUUAGCUCAGCCACUCCCUUGCACGAUCCUCAAAGCAAAUACUACAUACCUUUGACCUUCUACGAUGGGCCCUACCCUCCCUACGCUGGAGGUGGAGGGUUUCUCUUCUCCGGCAGCCUGAUCCAGCCCCUCUAUAGUAUCUCGCAGCUGAUCCCUCUGUUCCCUAUCGAUGACGUCUACACCGGCAUGAGUUUCCAGGCCAUCGGGAUCACGCCAACGGAACACAAAGGCUUCAGGACUUUUGACAUUCAGGAGCAAGAUAGGGAGAAUCUGUGUAUCCACAAGAACCUGCUUCUGGUACACAAGCGUUCUCCACAGCAGAUGAUGAAGCUAUGGAGGGGCGUGAACAGCCCUCUGCUAACAUGCUGAAGUAACCCAGGGAUACAGACCCAAUUUUUGGCAAAUAAACAGCAUACAGGGAGAGAGAGGUAUAGUAUACAGGGAGAGAGAGGAGGACAUUUAAAGGUUCUAUGGGUUGAGAAUUUGUUAGUAGUUUUGGUUAGUUUGGGGUUGUGUUUUGGAUAGUUUUGGUCUUAAUGAAUAGCAUGCAAUAACCAUUAACCUUGUGGGCAAUAUAGUUGUAAUUAUAGAUUUAGUUGUAAUUAUAGAUUUUCUUCCACAUUUAGAAAACGUGUCUUGAAAGUAAAACUUCAGUUUCUUUUUGUCAUGGAAUUUUAUUCAUGUUUUCAGAUGAACUCAAUUUAAAAGCUAUCACAAAACAAACAUGCUUAACUUGACAGGCAGUGUACAAUUACCUCAUGUUUUUCAAAGAGUUGACUGAGAAAUGGCACACAGACACCGUCUGGUGUGAAGAAGGGUUGUCAAGAACUGGUGAGUCACGCAGUCUGCUCGAUGACCAUUUAAUGUCACAACAAAUGACUGUUUUACAUUUGAAAAGUCAAUGUAUGAACCUCUACCUAAAUUACAAGAACACCUUUCUAAUUUACUGCUUUGCAUUAGGCUCAGAUGUAGUCAGAAAGGUAAUUGAUUCGACAAACUUGAAACAUUUUAGAAACCACUGGCAGAU